UCGCUGCGGUUGCGUUUCGUUUCGUGCGAUUGUUUUGUAUUGUUCGGCUUCUUUUCAAUCAUCCAAAUUUUGACAGAUGUGUGUAUAGUAUACGGACGGUCGGUGGUGGUGCAGUAGGAAGUGUGUGAUGUGAUACUGACUUCGAAGUAACACGAAAAAAAACACUUUCCGAUUUAUAUAUAGAUACAAACCCAGUGUUAACAAAAUAAACGUAAUAUUUAUAACAAUAUAAUAAGUGUAAUCGUUGUUCCGACGUAUGAAUAGUUUAUUAUUCAGUCGUGUUUCCACUGCAAUUUGAAAAUACCAGUGUUUUUGGAUUUCCUGCCGCCAGUUCUUCGCAUGUAUCUGACUCAUGGCGUCCCUUUCUUUGCCCCGUGUCCUCCAGCUGAAGAAGAACAGUCUGGACGCCGAGCGUGAACACUUUGAGAAGUUUCAGCGCCACAUCCCGCACUUUAACUAAUGCAUGACCGCCGAGCACUAAUCUAGUCAUGGCCAACCCAAACGACAAGCGAUUCCAUCAGCUGACGCUAGCAGUCCAGAAAGCGACCAAUUCCGUGGAGACCCCGGUGAAAGAGAAACAUGUCCGCAGCGCCAUCAUCGGCACCUUUCAGGAGCAGAGCGCCGUCACCUACUGGAUGGUGGCAAUCCGUCUCCCGCUCCAAGACAACCGCAUCGUGGCAUGGAAGUUUUGUCACGUGACACACAAGCUUCUCAGGGAAGGGCAUCCAGCAUGCCUUGACGACUCGCAGAGACACAUUGGCAUGAUACAGAACCUGGGAAAACUAUGGGUCCACUUACGCGAAGGCUACGGCCGCCUCGUGCACCUGUACUGCUCCCUUCUGGUCUGCAAGCUGAAGUUCCACGCGCGCAACCCUCGGUUUCCUGGCAAUAUGCAGCUGACUGCUGACGAGCUGGAUGCCAUCGCCGAAAACGAUGUCAAUAACUACUUCCAGUUAUGUGUCGAGCUGUUCGACUAUAUGGACGAUAUAUUAAAUCUACAAGCAGCAGUAUUCGACAGUCUCGGCAACGCACGGGCAAACUCCAUGACAGCAAGCGGGCAAUGCCGGCUGGCCGCUCUCAUCCCGUGUGCCCAAGAUUCCUCACAGAUCUAUGACUGCAAUGUGCGUCUGCUGUUCCGAUUGCACGCGUCACUGCCAGCUGAUACUCUGGCCGGACAUCGGGAGAGGUUCCGUCAGCAGUUCAAAAAGCUGAGCUCAUUCUACAAGCACGCGAGCAGCCUGCAGUACUACCGCAAUCUACUAACACUACCGCUUCUGCCAUCGAACCCACCCAAUUUCCUCAUUCAAAGCGACUUCGGAACGUAUGUGACACCAGUGGUUUCGAUCCCGGAGCCUCCGCCGGACGAAGUAGACGCCGUGGGUUCUUUGAUUGACACCUCCGACACCUUCAGUUUGGCUACCACACCUGAUAACAGUGACGGGAUCGACACGCGCACCACUCCCUCGCCGCAGCCCGACCCCGUGGUGGAGCGAGACAGACUGAUCGACCAUCUGCAAAACGAGCUCAAACGGAUGCGCUUAGAGGUAUCACAAAUGGUACAAGACCGGAACACAAUGAUGGCAUCUAUGCGAGAACACUGUUCGAAGUUAGAGGCGCAAAUACACACGACAAAGACUGAAUUAGAAGAAGAAAGGCAAAAGGCUGAAGUUUUAGCAGCAGAAACUCCAGAAAUCAAACAAAAACUUACACAGACUGAAGAGAAAGCGAAAAUACAAGACGAAAAGUUCCAGAAACUAAAAGGAGCGUACACACAGCUUCGAGAAGAACAUAUCACACUUAUCAGACAGAAAGCAGAAGUGGAUAAGACAGCGGCCAGUUUAAGAGCAGCAGCCGCGCAGCACGAAAGUGCCAAGACCGCCCUGCAGCAGCAACUUAAUGACAGGAUGAAAGAUGUAGAACUACUACAGCAAAGUGCAUCAUCGAGUGAAGAAAUCGAAGCUUACAAAACGCAAAUAGCUAACCUCCGAACCGAACUCGAGCAGGCCAGAGAAAAGGAAGCAGAACUAGAGACCCUUAAAGCAUCCAUGGAAGCCUUAGACAUAGAGCAUAAAACGACAACUACAGUUCAGCAGGAAAAAUUAACAGCGCUAGAAAACGAAUUAAAAGAAGUCACGGAAAAUCUAGAGACAGUUAAGAAAGAAAGUGAAGAGAAAGAGGUAGCGUUAGCGAAAGUAAAGGAAGAGUUGGUAGGACUUAGGGAGAAGAGUGGAGAUGAGUAUAAAAGAGUGGUGGAAGAGAGAGAAGCUGCGCUGAAGCAGGUUGCGGAGCUGACUCAGCAGCAUCAACAGGAGAAACAGGACCAGGACCUUUUAGUUAGCAAUUUGAAAACGGAUCUCGAAAAUGCCCAGCAAAAAAUACUAGAAACAGAGUCCAAUUAUAAAAGUUACAUCCUAAAGUUAAAUGAUGAAUUAGAUGCGAGAAAUAAAGAACAUGAAAAUGUUGUUAAGAGACGCGACGAAGAAUUAAGAGAGACGCUUGAGAAAUUAGUCAAACUUGAUCAAGAUAAAACCGACGCUGUGGAAGAACUGAAAAAACAACUUGAAAGCGUAACUAUGGAGAAAGAUUCGCAAAUAAUCGAAAUACAAAAAGAGUUGGAGCAAAAACAAAGCAGCAUAGGAGAACAAAAUAGCGAAUGCAAAGUAAUGAAAAACACUAUUUCAGAACUAGAAAAUAAAAUAGAGCAUACCACUAAAGAGCUACAAGAAGUACAAUCUAAAUUAGAUAAUGUUAUGAUAGAGCUAGAAAAAGAAAGAACAGAAUAUGAGAGUGAGGUAAAAGACAAACAAACACAAAUAGAAACAUUGAAAGAUGAAUACAAACAACUAGCAGACAGCACGGAAGAAAUUAUAACCGGUUUAAAAUCUCAGAUAGCGGAAAAAGAUGAACAAGUAAAAUCACAUGACAUUGAAUUGAAUAAUCUAAAAGAUAAUGUUACUAAGCUUGAAGAAGAAUUAAACGAGACCCAAGCGGAACUAGAAAUUGGUAAAAAUGAGUUAUUACAUAUGAGAGAGGAGCACGAUGCUUUCGUAGAAAGAAAUGAAAAUAAUUUAACAUUAAAGAAUGAAGAGUUGAGGAGUCUCCACGAUGAAAUUAAUAAACUGAAAAACGAAUAUGAAGAAUUAACGAAAGAAAAACAAAUAGAAAGAGACGAACUCGAAUUAGAGAAACAGGAACUACACAAUAAAUAUGAAGCAUUAGAUCAAGAGCAUUCUAAACUCCGAAAACACUACGAAACGAUGCAGAACGAAAAGGAUGUAAUAAUUGGUAGACUUAAUGAUGAAAUUGUCACUCUGAAACUGCAAAUGAGCCAUAUACAUGAUAGCAAGGAUGAUGAAAUAAAAUUGCUGCACGAAAAAAUUCAAGAAAAGGAAAGUGAUUUUGCUUCACAGAUUACUGAGAAAGAUAACACAAUUCUAGAAGCAAUCAAAAAUAUAGAAGAAUUGAAGGCUCAAUUAGAGGAAAUGCAGACGCUUAGAGCAAAAGAGAAGGAAGAUACAGAUCUUCUGUUAUCUGAGAAAGAAGGCAAUUCUAAGUUGCUGGAAGUGCGUCUCGGGCACACGGAACGCGAGAGACUGAGCGCGGAGUGUGAGUUGCAGGAUCUCCUGCAGCAUAACACGGUGCUGGAGGCGGACCUGACUGCUGCGAGGAUACAGCUGCAGGAGGCGCAGAAGGAGAUUGAGAAACAACGACUAAAGCUAGUGACGACAGCGAGCGCCGCCGCGUUAGAAGUGACAAGCGGAGCGCUCGAGCGAGUAACUGCACACGAUUCUAAUCGCGCCGCCGCCGAGCUGGCAGCCGAGGCUCUGAAGGAACUGGCCAGCACCACAGAGAUCAAGGGUCACGAGGAGAAAUUGGCUCGCUCGGCUAUCUUUGUUGCGCACAACGCGGCGCAGCUCUCUGCUUACGUCACGGAAGUGUCAAAUCUCUCCACUGACAUCGAGCUUACGGACAAACUAAACACCGAAUGCCGGCUUAUGCUAUCAGCAACAGCGGACUGCCUCACGAAUCUGUCUCGCGGACAGCUGGAGGCGCCGUACGGGGACGCACGCGGCCGCGUCGGCGCCCUGGCCGCCGCCGCCGCGGCCGCCGACCGCACCACCGCCGGAGCUCGCAGUGUGGAUGACGAGCUGGCGGAUAUGGACAAGGCCAUCGAGUUGGCCGCGGGACAGAUCGAGGAGAUGUUAGCAGCCAGUCGUGCAGGCGACUCGGGCGUGAAACUCGAAGUGAACGGCAAGAUCCUCGACGCGUGUACAACGCUCAUGGCCGCCGUCAAAGCUCUAGUCCAAGACGCGAGGAAACUGCAGGCGGAGCUGGGUGACCCUGGUACCAGGCUGAAGAUGUAUCGACGUAACCCUCAGUGGUCUGAGGGACUCAUUUCAGCGGCGAAGGCAGUUGUGUUCGCUGCCAAACUGCUCGUAACAUCAGCGGACGAGGCAGUGAACGCCGAAGGGCGCGUCGAAGGCGUGUCCGCCGCCGCGCAUGAAGUCGCUGCCAGCACCGCGCAACUAGUCGCCGCGUCUCGCGCCCGCGCCGCGCCCGGCUCGUCCGCGUUGCAGCGACUAACGCAGGCGUCUAGAGCUGUCACCGCCGCUACUGGCGCUGUGGUCGCUGUAGCUAGAGACACGUCGAGAAGACUCAACGAUCAAGAGGCCCUCGACACGUCAGCAUUGACGCUCACCGCGACUCGACGCCUCGAGAUGGAGAGCAAAGUUCGCUCGCUGGAGCUAGAAAGCGCUUUAGAAGCCGAGCGAGCCAAGCUGUCAGCACUCCGAGCGAGGCAUUACCAACUCGCACAGAUGCAGGAGAAUGGCGGCCUUACAAAUGGACAAAAGUGAACCUAAACUACGAAGAGAUUCAACCCUCCGCUGCAUUCGACGUAUCGCACGCAUUUAGCAACAACGUAUUUUUCAGUAUUUCUAAUGCACUGUCAGUUAUUUCAAAUUGCAUUUUUCUUCAAACGCAUUUUAUUUUGCUAUACAACGAAGUUUUUUCAUAUAUUUGUGAGUUAUGUAAGGUAACAAUGGGGUAAGAUUUAAGGGUUUUCCUUGCGGGAUAAGAUCGAGACUCGAGAGCCGCCCGUAGUAGGGUUGCAAAUAGAAAAAAAACUAAAUGUUUUUUUUUUCAGAAUUAUGAAAUAAUACAUGAAAAAAAAACCGAGCUCCAUGGUUUUUUUUUCUAAAUAUGGUUUUUUUUUAGAUGAAA